AUGCCAGCACCUUCAGAUUCAGACACAGCACUUCGACGUCAAGGAACGAGAACGUCCACACCAACAUCCCAGUCCAGUGAGAUGAAGAAGAUGUGGAAGGAGAGGUUUGGAUUGGCGGAGUCGAAGAGCAAGACGAUGCCAACAGAAGGGAGCAACCCCUCAGAUGAAGAAUACGGGAUCACUGAAACCAGGGUCGACCUCAGCACCGGCGGAACCAUCGUCGGCCCAGGAACUCAUCCCCAUUCCACCUGCCUCUACCUCAGUACCGAGCGAGGGGAAGAAGUUGUUAUGGCCUACCACGGAUUCUCCCCUCAUGCCCCUGAUCCAGACGAGAUCCCACAGCCAGAAGAGUUCUACUCACAGCAGCAGCAUGACUGGGCGAUCAUGGAUGCAUGGCACCAAGCCAACCGGCUCCUCCCACUCGAGGAUGGGGAGAUACCAGAGUUCGAUCUCCAGUACCCAGACCUCAGUAUCGCAACCGGGAGAAGCAACACCGUGACAAAAGGGGGAAGCCCAGCACCUGACCCUGGAGAAAUAUCCGAUGUUGAUCCCAGGGAUACCUCCGGCCCUGACUCUUAUGACUCAUGGGUCACAGAUAACGGAGAACAUAACCCCUACACCCUCCGAGACGAGAUCGCCGACCACCACCUCAGCCCAUAUGGAGAGUGCCGUGGAGACUUAUGCUGCCGGCUUCAAGCCAUUGCUGAAGACCAGAGGCAAGACUGGGAGACCCCCAAGCCCCUCGUUCCCUAUGUCAGGUGGACCCUCGGAGAAUAUGGAGAAGAGCCAGAAUUGGCCAACUUCUUCUUCGACAACCCGGUCCAUUCGGAGACUUCGCCCAUGGAAUACGAAACCAGAACCAUGCCCUCACCAGAAGGGGAGGUGCCCACGUACCAGAGGGACAAGAGUUCCCCGUACUAUCGUGACCCGAGGACCAGCCCCUCUAUUUCUGGCCUCGCAAUACUGAGACCCGCAUCUGGAACUGCUGGUACCUGUGGGAGCACGCUGCCCUCACCGACUACCGAUACUGGCUCCCAGAACCCGACACAGAGGAGUCCACUCCAUAUCCCCAAUCAACUCCCAAACCUUGCAAUGCAGAAACUGGUAGCUGAAAUGGGAUGGCUGGAGCUUCUGGAAUGGCAGGGAAGCUCCCUGGCCAAUGAAGGAUCUUGGUUGAUCAUGGAAGCCGCAAAAUUUAUGUACUGA